UUGUAUUUUUGCGCAAUAUGAGGGGUCAAUUUUGCGCAAAUCUGACAUGUGCAUAUUUGCGCAAUAUGGGGGGGUCAAUUUUGCGCAAAUCUGACAUGUGCAUAUUUGCGCAAUAUGGCUGUUUUAGAUAUACCAUAACCCAGCCUUAACUCUAAUGGACUUGCAAAAUCAUGGGUAGAAUUGAUAGGAAAUAUGCAGUCCCGUUGAUGUUUGUUGCAGGAAUAAAGAAGCUGGCACGUACCACACAAGCUGAGAGACAGGAGGAUAGCAAUGAAUUCGAGUACAUCGCACAUGAUAAUGAUUAUGAAUCUGGAGAUGAAGGAGAACCACAGUGCUAUGAUGAACACAACUCCUCGUGCGACAGGAGGGAUCACGAUGAAGAAUACCGCCCCACUCCCCCUCCAAAUAUGGAAGGGCAGAGAUCAAUCUCGCUUGAAAGAGUACCGACUGUGGAGAUCACGUACACUGCGGAGGAGAUUGCCUCCCGCGCAAUGGCACGACCAUCCCGUUGGGCUGCAGCUAUGGAGGCGUCCUCUACCAUGGCUGUAAAAUCAGAAUGCAUCGACAGCGCCGUAGCCAACUUCUACCUAUUAGGAGUAUGGUAUUCAAUACAAGGCCAAAACAGGAUAAGAUUUAUGGACAUGUUGGCGGCUGCGCCAACAAACCGCAAUGAGGAUGACAUGGAUAUCUUGAGGACCGACCAAUACAUACCCUGCGACGAGGAGUGUCCUAUGGUGCCAGUGGGAUUCAUCGUUAAUUAUGACGUCCAGUUCCUUGCUAUAGUAUUCGACUUCGAGGGACGCAGGGCGCACGUCCUUAAUUGCCACACCCCUGAUGAUGACAUGGAUGUGGAUGGUGGUGAAUGGAUCACAUGGAACGGGCCAGACUACUGGGACAGAAUCGCGACCAUACAUGGGUGGAAUCCAGGAGAUCUCGACGACGUUCAGGUGCUGUCUUACGAUGGGUAUCAAAGCGGAAUCGACUACAGUGCCACAGCGUGCUCAUUGAUGGAGAAGACAAUGAUCCAUGGACUUCCGGAUGGCUACUUGCCAAUAGAUCCAACAGAAACGCUCUGUUGUCAUACAAUGCGUAUCAAAAUCUUGCGCAUUGUAGCAGGACAAGUAAAGACUAGCUACGACGACUACAUGAUGCUCCGGGAGAGUCCACCAUCGUGUUGGCAAGACGAUCUACCACCAGAAGAAGAAAUUUUAUAUGCAUGCAACAUGCGCGAGAUGCAAACGACCUCCUGUAAUGGAACAAACAACACAGGCGAUGAAAACACAGAGGACGCAGACGCACAUGAUGAGGAGACCUCGGAGCUUGGCAUAACAUUGACUCAGGAAAGGAAGGCGAGGCUCUCCCAGAUCUUGAAAGGCACAAAGGAGAUUUCUAUGGCACGAGAUCGCAACAGCAUAUGGAGGCUGAGGAUUGUGCGGAGGAAAGGGUACAAGAUGAUUCUCAACGGUCAUAUGCUGCAAUAA